GUCGUCUGGCUGGCUAUACCAGAUGUUGCUAUACCAGGAAGCGGGGGCGCAAAAGAAGAAUGAAAGAGCUCUCAACGCGAACGGGACGCAAUCAUGAACGGGUCCUUGUACAUUUCUUUCUUCCAAGGACAACUCGAGCCUGUCUUGGAGCAAGUGGUGCAACUCGCAGUCCAGGAAAUAAGCAAGACUGUGGGGUCGAGUCUCAAUUCUAUGUUACUGGAAACUGUUGUCAAAGAACAGGAGAACAAGCAACUUAAACUGCAGCUCCAGUCGCGGGAGAAUGGAGGUGUUGCCCUCGAAAAUGGGUGCCCGAUGCCCGCUAGCAAGGCGGCCGACAGCGCGGGCAGUGGCAGAACAAAGCUCGGGCCACUACCAGACUCACACGCCCCCGUCCACUGCACCGCGCGCGGCAUGCCCGCAGAUACACGCAGACUGGAGCAGAAAGGGCGAGUUGUGGGCCAGUUGAAGGGGGUGAUGGAGCGCGUGCUGGACUUUGCCGUGUGCGAGUUGACCAAGAUCGUGGAGGCCUCGUUCGAUGACCUCCUCCUGGAGAUCACCAAGAAGGAGCGGGAGCAGAAAACCCUGGAGGAGUACCUGGGGAGGAGCACCGGGCUGGGAGGAGGCGCACCGGGGGACAGGGGGACCAGGGGGGCAAGCCGAAGACGGGGCUCCAAACACUCUUCAUCAUCACCCAGCGGCUCGGAGGCCACCAGAGAGGAUCUGGCUGAUGUCAUCGUAUCCAAGGAGACGCCCGAGGCUGAUGACCCAGACCGGCCGGCGGUGCUGUCCAUGUCCCACGACUGGGUCCCCAUCCUGGACAAGGUGUUUGGACAAAAGUGGUGCAGCGACAUCUGGCAGGUCAAAGAGCUGGAGGUGGUUCGGGGGAAGGGCCCGGGGGAGGGGGGCCCGAGGUCUGUCACCACCCCUUUCAACCUGGUCCCCCUGGACAUGGAGCCAUCCCCCACCUUACCCCAUCAGGACCCCCGCUGGACCCCCCUGGAGGACAUGGAGGUCCUGUCCCCGGAUGACAACAAAGCGGGGAAGGGCCAUGACCGAGCCGUGAGCCCUGCAGAAUCCUUGCGCCGACGCUCUUCGGCCUCCAUGCUCCAGCGCCUCCUCACGCUGCCCGCUCAGCUGACGGAGGACGACGACGACUGCGGGGGCUGCGAGGUCGAGCCCGCCAACUCCAUCUCCCUCAAUGUCGCCGACAUCCUGGAUGCCCUGGCCCCUGCGGGCGGCGGGGUCCGCAGUGGCUAUGAUGGAGGGCUGCUUGGCGUCUCUUCCCUUUCGACCAAACAGGGAGAACCAACACCACAGCAGCAGCAGCAAGCAGCGGUGGUGGUGGAGGAGGAAGAGGAGGAAAAAGGAAGGAAGAAGAGGAGGCGGGUGUGGUUGGAGUGUGACGAGUGCGGCCGGCGGUUCAGCCGCGCCUCGCUGCUCAAGACGCACCGGCAGACGCACGCCGCCUCCUCCGCCUCCUUCGCCGCCGCCGCGGGCGAGCCCUCCGCCUCCCCGCCGGGCGGCGGAGAAGAGAGGCCUCCGUCGGCGCUGACCGUCCUGCGGUGCUCCGAGUGCAGGAAGCACUUCUCUUCGGCCGCCCGCCUGCAGACCCAUGUCCAGAACCAGCACCCGCCCUCCGGGAAACAGCUCUGAGGCCACGGGCCGAGACCACGCGACCGGGGGGUCCGGGCGGGGCAGACCUGAAGAAAGCCGAGGACUGUCGGGAAGCAGGACUGAACCGAAACGGGAAGAAAGGAAAUGCAACGGGUGGGAUAGGAGAGCCGGAUCUGAGCCAACCAACUGUCGGCUCAGAUCAGGCAGAUUGACUGAACAGAUGAACACGAGUCAUCACAUUUGAUUGAGAUUGGACCGGAAUAAGAGGGAGGGACAAGCCAGAGCAGGUCGAUUGAUCGAGGGUGGAACCAUCUUUAUUGACGCUAAGAUGUAAAUUGGCAGAAACAAACAAUACUAAAAUGCACAUAAUACUGCAACCACAAUAAUGCUUAUUUUGCUUUCAGUGUUGAUGUUCAGGUAUGGAUAGUACCAGGGAUCAAUACUGCUACUGUAACGGAUCACCGAGGGACCACGCACAUAACCAGUCAAUGAAAUGUGAAGUUUCCAGAAACGAACAAUAGAAUGAUUAGUACUACAAUACCAAUAACAUAUCAGAGCCAAACCUGAGGCCCAACCGUAGGAAACCGAGUGAGUCCAAAACAAAAUGGAUCCCAUGGCAAUACAUGGGAUGGAUUGUGAUAGGUAGAAACUUGAAUAUAGGGGGGCGGUAAGCAGAAACAAAACAAGCACGCACAAGCAAAGGUUUUGAAGGCUGUAUGGUUCUCUUCACGUGGGUGCCAUUGAACUCAGCUGACCUGUCAGCUCGAUGUUGAAUAUGUUGCCGUUGUGGGUAAACCCCACCAGGGAAACGAGCUGUGUGCUGAUAUAUCGUUUCAUUUUGUCACAGGUAGCGUAGGUGAGCAAGCCAUCAUUUUGAGAGUUCCCACUCAAUUGAGACAUUCUGUGAAAAGGGCCACUGUGAUGUUUAUAGACAAUGGUGGUGGUGCAGGGACAAUGGUGACAACAAUCUGUACAACGCGCCACCCAAUUACUGAAGGUCAUCAGUGAUUGCUGAACAGACUUCGAUUUUUAUACAGAGUUGUUCAGACUUUGUUUUUAAGUGCCCUUUAUGGUUUUCUCUAGAAACAAACAGUUGUCUACUCUUUUACAUUAUGUGAUAAUCGCAAAGUGUGUUAUUUUGUCUUUUUUUGGUUGAUUUUUAGAUAUUUUUUAGAUAUAGAAGUAGAUUCUUCCUCAUUUGCGGUUUCUUCAUUAUUGAUGGAGAGGCAAUCCCUCAACCUUUUGCAAAAAUAAUUCUAAAAAGAGAAAAUCCAAAAAACACCAAAAGAUGUAACUGAAGUGUGCAUUGUGUCUGUACAUAUGUGGCAUUGCUGUGACUCUGUGAAUGUACAUCACAGGUUUUUUCCUUUUAUAUAUCUACAUUGUUGCUUAAAUUUCAAUUUAAUAAGGGACUGAGGCAAUGCAGAUACCUUUGGAGGGUAAAGUUGUCUAGCGAUUUUAUGUAAACGUAAAACGAUGGACACUCUUUUCCCUCUGAUUAUUUUCUGCUCCUCAUUGUUAGUAUUCCAUGUCAACAUUACCACACAAAUACCUCUGUUAAGUAAAUGUUUGUUUUUUUACAUACUGUACCUUUCGUUGAACGGCCCUGUUACAUUGUCCGUUUUGCAUUGCCUAGCAACUAGCGAUAGUACCCUUAUGGUUGUAGGCAUCCAGUAGGCGCGGAUAGGGCCGUGAGAAACUGUCCGCUCCUACCACCUGAAACUGUCUACUUGGGGGAUCUCUUGGGCACGUUUUACGGCUGCCUUAUGGCCUACUUCCAUCACCCUGACCGCUAGGAAAGACACCUCAAGCAUGAAUGAAAAGUGAUGAAAGGAGAGUCGGAUCAGGGAGAGCAACUGCCAAGGUCGCUCCCUGGUCUGGCGAGGCCUUUUGAUUGGUGGUCAUGAAGACAUUUUUCUUUUCAACUAGACAUUUUUUUAGUAGUGUAGUUUUCUAGAAGUAGAUUUGUUGUAAAUGUGAGGCCCUGUCUAUGUCCUCCUGCCUCUUUUAUAGUACGGCUGACGAUCCAUAAUGGCAGAAAGUAAACCAUCCAUCUGCAGAGGAAGUAUCGGAGCAAGGAGAUAUGGAUGAAUGAACAGCCAUGGUCUUUCAUUUGGGGGGCUCGCCUUGUGCUCAGUUUCUUUUAAUUUUGCUCAUGGAUGGAAGAGAAAGAACAAACUUCAGGUCAUGGCUGGUACACAGCUGGCAAUUUUUUGUUGUCUUUCCGUUUAAUUCUUGUUUUCAUUUCCAUGAGGUUUUAUAUUGUCCUAUAUGGUCUUUCUUGUCAUUGCAUUGUCUUCCUUAAUGUUUUCUUUCAGCUGUGUUUAACUUGCUCUUGUGUGCUUAGAAUACAUUGGCUAUGUUUGAUUUGUCUCACUUGUUCCCUCAUUCCCUAUUCCCUAUAUAGUGUACCCUACAAUGGAACACUAUUAUUGGAGGCAUAAGUAUAUGGGGAAGCCUUCGUUUUGCGCAGUCCAUCGACUUGAUGUGAAUUAGUCUAACAACCUGACACCUAAUGAAUGUCACCUCGUGAUAGUUAAUUUGCAUAGGAACCUGUUUGUGCUAUUGUCUAUUGGUUGAAUCCAAUGGCCAUGAAAGCUGCAGUGCAUCAUGGGAUUUAGUGGGAAUUUGCAUGUGCAUCGUUGUUCACUCAUUUUACGAUGCAUUUUGAGUAUUAAGUCGUGCACUAUGUGGUAAACUAGAUUUGUACACUUCACAUUUUUGGACAACACUGCAAAAUGCUGAGGCCCUAACUAUAUAGUGAACAGGUGGACCAAUUCAAACAGCCAUGAAGCAUGUAGAGCGCUAGCAAUCAAGGAUGCGUUUACAAAUCACAUUCAUUCAUUAUUGUUACAUGUUUUUUUGUCCUAAAUGCAGUGAGCUUGAAAGCUCCCCCUUUAGUUCUGUGACGAGGUGCACUCAUCAAAUUACUUUGAUUUUCCCAAUGAAAUUAAUAUAAAGUGACUGACAUUGAUUCAACGUAAUCGACCACAAGGUUACAGAAUGUGACCCACCCAGCGAUAGUAACGAUUAAUCUUGUGAUUGAGCUUUUAACAAGCCCCAAUGUUUGACAACAUUAUGAACUUUAAAAGUUCUCCCCCCUCAUUUGAAUGUCUGCUAUCUUCAAUAUUAGCCUCUACAUUAUGUAGCAUUCAGGUUUAUUUAUAACUAAAGACAAACCAUGCAAACCAAAAGAGAGAUAACUUAAAAUUAUAAAUCUCAUCUUAUUUAUUUUUAUCAGAGACUUGUGAGGUUCUAUUAUAUCAAAAAACUAGGCACUACAAAUAUAUUUAUUUAUAUUGCCCCGUAGUAACCAAAGUUUAAGUUUGGGUUAAAAUUGGAUUAAGAAAUUUGUUUGCAGAGUUCAAGGGAAAGAUUAAUGAUUAUUAUUUUAAAUAUAUAUAUUUUCUUUUCUAUGGACCUGAUCCGACCUGCUUAUCUGGCCCAAUUGCGGACAGUUAAAUCCUCCAUUUUUUUUAAAUACAGGUCCUCGAGUCUUCUUAGUUUUCAUUUUUGAGCCAUAAAAGCCUGUUAUUAGAAUUUACAGCUGGGGAAAAUGCGUAAUAACAUUGUUUGAUUAUUUGUAUUAUUAAUUAUGUACGUAUUUGAUGCUUCACAUACACGGGACAGUGCUAUACCAUCAGCUGUUGGCCAAAUAUGAAUAGGCAAGCAGAGUCUUAUAGAUGUUGCUAUAGCUCCCGUUCGAGGUGUACGUUGUACAUUGGAACCUUAGUCGUCAUGGUUAGGGAAGGGAAGAUCAUUACUAUUUAACCCAUUUUCCGACUAGUUUUCUUUUCCAGUCUGUUAAAUCGGACGAGAUACCAGAAUAUGUGCUUGCACUAUUGUACCCAAGUAUAGUUGUGCUUCAGGUGUACUACAUGUUUUUGUGUCUUGUUGUAGCAACAUGUCCAUUCUCUUUUCUUCUCUUUGGCCUGUAUGGUUCAAAGUUACACUGUGCAAGGGGGUCGGGGUGGAGGGGAGGAACAGUCUAGUCUUCAUGUAUCAAAAAAACAUCAUGUUUACACAGGCCUCGUGGGUACUUUGUCGUAUGCACAGUAUGAAGGGAAAUUUGAAAUGGAGGUAGAAUACUGGAAAUGGCAAUGGGGUUUGUUGUGUAUUGUUUGCAUUUUCAAUGAAUUGUAUGAACGUUUAUGAGGAAUAAAAUGACCUUUUUUGGGGGAUAGCUCAUUCGAGGAAGCAUCUCCAAGGCGGAAACCCCCGAAAGAUGUAAAAUAAGCUUUCCUAAAUAAAAUAACGGACAACAAUACGAUUCAUCUCAGUUUUUUGCAUCACAAACGUGGAUUUCUAUGAAGAUCUGUUCCACAGUAAUUAUUUUGAGGUGGUGUUGGUCAUUGAUGGAUGCAUUUGUUGGUGCAAAGCAAGAAUUAUACUGCUCUGCUGCACUUAAUAUUUUCUGGCGAAAUGAAAUUGUCCGGCUUUUUUUUAUCAUGAAGGAAAACUUAUUUUAUGAAUUGUGAUCCUUCACAUUCUGAUGAAAUAGGAGCCGCCUAUAGUGGCACUGUGGGAUGAAAGGCAGCAUUAUGUAUGGUUCACAAUUUCUUAGCUGUAACUUUAACAUGUGACAUUUACAUCAUGCAAAAUAUGAAAUAAGGCACUAAAAAGUGGUUAUUGGUGACCCUCUAGUCUAGAAUAUACAU